AUGUCCUCCGAGUCGACCACGAAGAUGCACCCCCAGUUUGUGGCAUCCGAAGAUCUAGCCCAAGUUCUUUCUAAAAUGGCCAUGUCGACUCAGGCUAUACACGCAGAUGAUUUUGUCAGCUCACACCGAGCUAUUGCACCUGCAAUGCAUGUCGCCGUCAACUAUAGAUAUGCACGGGACCCAGACCAAUUGGUCCCAGGGGAAAACAUCGAUCCCAAUUCGCCCUUGGAGCCAUUCGUCUACUCCCGCUACUCUUCACCUAACAACAAUCGGUUCGAGGCGGUUCUCAAAAGGAUUUUCCAUGGGGGAAUCAUGACGUACUCUACGGGUCUUGCCGCAUUUCACGCAAUCAUGGUCCUCCUCAAUCCGAAGCGUGUUUUCAUCGGCGAUGGAUACCAUGGCGUUCAUGGAAAUAUUGAUGUGAUGACCAAACUCACUGGUGUUCAAAAACUAUCGCUUGAUGAACUCGAUAAGGUCGGCCCAGGCGAUAUCAUUCAUAUUGAGACACCACUCAAUCCAACAGGGGAAGCACGAAACCUCUCCUAUUACAGUGCAAAAGCGCAUGCCGUCGGGGCCUAUCUCACCGUGGACUCAACAUUUGCACCUCCUCCGCUGCAAGACCCACUGCAGUUUGGCGUUGAUGUCGUCCUUCAUAGCGGGACAAAAUAUAUCGGAGGGCACUCUGACAUGAUGUGUGGUAUUCUUGUGGUUCACCCUGACCGAGUUGCUGAAGGAUGGAUUGAUACUCUCUACGCGGAGAGACUUGUAAUGGGGAAUGUCAUGGGAAAUCUUGAGGGAUGGCUAGGCCUCCGCUCUCUGCGGACUCUUGAACUUCGUGUCAAACGACAGUCUGAUACCGCGCAACAACUCGUCUCCUGGAUUCACCAUGAGUUGCGGGAUGCCUCUUCCGAAGUUUCUCGAGUAGUCGAGUCUAUUCGUCACGCUUCACUGCAGGAGAAGAAUAUUCAGGAUGGAUGGCUAAAGCGGCAAAUGGCAGGAGGAUUUGGGCCAGUCUUUGCGAUAUGGCUUAAGACCCCUGAUCAUGCGAAACGAUUGCCGAGCAAGCUGCAUAUCUUCCAGCACGCGACUAGCCUUGGCGAUGUGGAGAGUUUGAUUGAAUGGAGAGCUAUGAGUGACUCUACAUGCGAUGAGAGGUUACUUCGUAUUAGCUGUGGAGUAGAAGAUCCUCAAGAUUUGAAGUGGGAUCUGCUGCAAGGGUUCCGUGCUCUUUGUGAGUGA